AUGCAGCCUAUGCAGAGAGCUGAUCCGUGGGCUCCGGAGGUAGUGGCGCCGAACGGUUUCUGGUACCUGCGUAUGGAUGGGGUGUGGGUGUAUAGACGCCAUGUUGGCAGCGGUGGUUGGUGGGACUCGGCCCGUACAUGGUGGGUGUUAUCUCAGAUGCUUGAGCGUCGGCAAUGGCAUUCGCCGUGCGUGCUGGAGGGCUCCGGGCUCCGCUGCAAGUGGUGGCUACCACCUCGUUGCGGCGGCUGCUGUCGUGACCCAGGGGUACAACAGGGACACAGCGGCAGCCGGCCUAGACACGGCAGGGGAUGGAAGCCCCGGCGGCCGCAAUCUCCCAGGCCGAUGCUGGCGUUGACUCCGAAUGGGUGGGUGGAAAGGGGCUUGGGCUGGUGGAUGGAGAGCACGAAAAAGCCGGAAAGAGAACUGCCAUCCAACCAAGGAUGUAAUUUGCAAGCUGCCCAUGCAGGGUUCUGUCGUGCUGGUUCUGGUGGGCGUCUGGACGUUGCCGGCGGCAGGCAGAGGAUCACAGCCCUUGAAGAAUGCACCGAGACGGAAGGUAGAAAUUAAAGAAACGAUGCCAAGGGAUGGAAGGAUCGACAGAGAGGCGGCGGCUGCUGAAAGGCACGUCAUGCGCAAAAUGCAUGCUCGUGCUGCCUGCCGCCAACGGGGUGGGAUUCGCUCGGAAUAGGGCAAAAGGGAAAAAGCAAACAGACGCCGG